AUGGAUUUCCUGCUGCUGCUCCUCGUCGUAACGUCGGCGCUGGGCUUGACGGGACCCCGUUGUCACGUGGAGGCCUCUAAUGCCACGUCGCCGGAUUCCGCGCAGCCGCUGUCGCAAUGCGAUCUGAGUGCCGGCCGCUGGGUGCGCAACCCGUUCGUGAAGCGCUACACGGGCUACAGCUGCCAGAGCAUUCGCUCGCAGCUCAACUGCGACCGGAACGGGCGCCCCGACUCGGAGUAUCUUAACUACGAGUGGAAGGCCCCCGGGUGCAGCAUCAAGAGACACCACUCUCCCCCCUCCCCCUCCCUCGUUCUCCUGUCGUCCCUCCCCCAGGUUCAAACACCGCAGCCUUCCUCAGAACGCACGAGCUCUGCGUUUGGGACAGGAGUGAAGGCGUCCGGAUUCAGCGUACCGUCGCACAACUUCCUCUUCCUCCGCCAGUCCACCAACUUCCUCGUCGAUUCCGAGCCUCAGGGUUCAGCGUCCAGCAAGGGCGUGUGGACGGUGCGUCUAUGGCAGGCAGAUCCCAAGUGGGCAAAGCUCAUUCCACAUGUCAACUACGUGCUCUUUGCUACAGGCCAUUGGUUCACUAACGCCCCCUCCAACACUCGCGACUACCGCGAUAACAACGGGAAGCAAAUCAGCAUCAAUUCAAUGAGGGCCAUGCGCACCGCGAUCCGGACCGUCCGUCAGACGAUCCAAUCCACCAACUUCCGCGGCAUGCCCCUGUUCCUCUCGUACACGGCAACACACUACCAGAAGUCGUUCCCGCCGCAAGAUUCCAUGAAUGACUGCAUGGGUGCUAAAUCGCCUGUGGGAAAUAACGUGGUGGCGUAUGCGGAAAAGAAUACCUUCUUCAUGCAGGCGCGAAAUCAGCUCCGCUCGUCCGCUGCUCGUGUUCGCCGUCCCCUCUUGCCGUCGUUUCUUAACGUCACCGUAACCUAUUGCCACCUGCCGUUCCCUAUUGCCGUCCCGUCCCCUCUUACCCUCCUCGCUUGCCGUCCCUUCGUGCCCUCCUGCCGCUCCCUCUUGCCCGCCCCCCUUGCACCCCCCCUAAAUCCUGAUGUCUUUCUCGAUUCAAUAGUCUCUAUCGGCCCUCCUCUCACUUUCCCCCUCCCUGAAUCUCAUCGCGCCAGAUGGAUCUACACCCCGCGACUCGCGCCGCAAUACACGGCGGAGAGCUGCAAGAGCCUGGGACGCAACUUCGCGUGCCAGCGCAACGGGCGGCCCGACUCGGAGUACGAAAAGUACACGUGGCGCAGCUUCGGAUGCACCAUCGCGGAAUUCAAGCCGCUCUCCUUCCUCACGCUGCUGCGCAACAAGGUCUUCCUGGUCGUGGGGGACUCGCUCACCAUGAACCUCUUCUCCUCGCUACAGUGCCUCGUCGAGACUGUCGCAACCACGGAGGUGACCACCCGUUAUAGUCACAAUCACUCAAAGUGA